CACAAAAAUUAAAUCGUUAAACUUCACCGUCACUCGAUAAAUAUUUUAACGUCGCACUUCACUAAAAUUUAUUUCCUUAAAAAUUCCAUUUUUUUAUGUUUGUGGUACUUAUAUAUUUCUAUUAUAAAUUUUUUAUACAAAUGAAUAUUUUUAUGAAUUCGAUCUUAUUAUUUGAGGUAAUUAAUUGGGGAAUACAUUUAUAAUUAUCUGAGACUUCAUAAAAAAUAUAUAAAGUUUUUGGAAACACUUAUUGGGAAGUCCUUGAAAAGUUUAAAAUUCUUUUAACUUUAUAAUUCAGUAAAAAAAUUUUAUAAUUUUGUGGCGCGUAAAUUAAUUGAAUAUCCGUAAUUUUUCGAAUAAUGGGUUAAAACACAAAUAAAAAUGAACAUUAUUAGCUUAAAAAUUAUUUUAUCAAUAAAACUCCAUCGUAUUUUUAAUUAACGGACAUAAUAAACCAAAAAUUAUCAAUUAUUAAAUCCUAUAUUUAUAAAUAAAUCACCUCAUUUUUAUUUUACUUAAUAAAUAUUUACAUUUAGUUUGAUAGGAAAUUACACCAAUUAAAAGUAGACAUUAAGAAAUGGAAAGCAAACUCAUAAAGAAAAAAAACCCGGACUACGGAAAAGAUUUUAUAAAAAACCCUUAAUAUAAUAUAUCAUUAAGAACUAGUUAUCGGAUAGUAUAUAAAGUGAUUUUGGUUGAUAAGUGUCAGUUGUUGCUAAACUUUUGUAAAGACGUCGUUGCAUUAAAGUACAAUGUCUCUAUUGAUGAAAAACUUUUUAGUUAUAUCAAUUUUUUCGAUAACAUUUUCAAUUUCAAAUGUUAGUGGAUCCAUGGUCCAUCCGCCCCACACGAUGCAGAAUCGAACGACAAUCUCGAGCCGACAAAUCUUCGAGAGCAAAUUAGUAUUCGUCAAUCGUACCGAGUGGAGGGCAUCGUCAACAGUACAUCCUCCAGAAAAAUUGGAUGUUAUUCCCGUUUCGUAUGUUAUGAUCUAUCAUACGGGCACGGAAACAUGUUUCAGUAGAGAAACUUGUGAUCCAUUAGUCCGAAAUCUCCAGGCAAAAUAUUUGAUGAGUUAUCCCUUGAACCGAGACAUCGGAUACAACUUUGUUAUCAGUGGUGACGGUAAUGUCUACGUCGGACGUGGAUGGCACGCUGUGGGCGCUCACACAUUCGGAUUCAACAGAAUUAGCCUUGGGAUCGGUUUAAUUGGGACUUUUUAUGAUAGACCACUCAGUGUAAAACAAAUUCAAGCUCUUGAAGAUCUUAUUAAGUUAGGGGUUAAAAACUAUAGGAUUGUUGAAGAUUUUAAGUUUUAUAGUUAUCCUCCAAUGGCUAUACACUUUGAGUCUGCAACUGAAAUACUCAGCUUCGACGAGUUUAUGAGCAGUGAUAAAAAAUAGGCGCCAUUGAGAGGAAUAAAAAAAUAUUUAUCUCCAAGCUAUUAAUAAAUUUAUUUAAAUAAUUAUUAUGUCUGUAAAGCAAUCUUAAUA